AUGGGUCGGCUCGACCGGAGUGAUACCACGGCCUCACAGAAUACCGGCGUGAAACAACCCACAGCGUUGUGUUUCACCGUAUUGAAUAUCGCAGAUGGAUGGAUGGAGUGGACCACGCAACAAGUGUGCUUCGUUCCAGUGAUUGAUCUGUACCUCUACCAUGAGUUCAAAGCACAAGUAUUUGAAAAAUUCACAUAUCUGCAAAUCGAGGCUGGUGCCGGCGAAGGUCCAGGUCCUCCAGUGAACAAUAACUCCGAGGGUGCAGUGGCCAGCCCCCCUCGUGAUGAUAACCACAACGCACAGCAACCACCCCCAGUUACUCCUAGAGCUAGACCACUCACUCCUGCAGGUAAGAGAGGCAUAGAACUAGAACAGAAUAGAAUCAUAGACUCCUCUUUAGGACAUACUUCUUUAAGACCUUUGAGCUUGAGGAAAUGGUGGAAGUUUGAGUACCUACUCUCAGUUUGUUUAAGUGUCGGCAAACGAGCAGACGGAUUACCUGAUGGUAAGCAAUCAGCGCCGCCCAUGGACACUCGCAACGGAGGAAUUACGAGUGCGUUGCCGACCUUUUAG